UGUAAACAUGACAUGCAAGAUCAAAUCUCGCGGUGUGGGGGUGCCGAGUGAUGGUGGACUCUCAUUGAAUUAUUGUCGUGAUGAAUUUGAAUGACGAAUUGUCAGAUUCCUCACAAGUACAUUGGUUGCGAGACUUUCAAAGUGAUCUUAGACCUCACCAACAUAAUCUGCAACCAAUACCACAUCUUACUGAUUAUGGAGAAGAUAGAAAAGACCUUCAUAAUAAGCUGUCUAGAGUUCACAGCCCAUCUCAUUUGCUUCCAAAGUUACCACAUUCGCCUGGUCUUGGUGAUAUCAACAAUAUCUCACCUCAACCUCGGGCUGACCUAAGGUCAAGCAGAUAUCCUGUCAUACCACCGUUGACACCUCCAGAUGACAGAAAUGCUCCAAGAGAGAUUGCAUCUCCACCGUACUUUCAACACAGUUCAUAUGACUCUUUCGAUGACAAUCAUGCGAAAACUUCAAAGAAAGGUAGAAUGUAUCAGCGACAACAACACAAUAAUUUUUCCUUUCAUGAAGAUCAACAUCUAGAAACAUUUCGUUUCCGUGAUGCCCGUAACCCUCUCCAUGACGUCUUAGAUAAUGGUUCUUUCCAUCAUUCAUCUCCUGUUGCCAGUCAGCAUAACAGAGCUCAAGCUAAGAUUUUUGAAUUAUGCACAAGAGAAUCAUCUGCGGAUAUUCUGAAGGAGAUUACAAACGAGAUGAUUAGAGACAUCGCCCAAGAUGUAUCAACGAUGGCUCAAAGAAGAUUAUGGAAUAUAUAUUCUGAGGACGCCAGGUAUUAUUAUCCCUGUUUGACGUCACUUCAGGAUAAUGUCCUAAACGAAGAGUUACGAGCCAUCGUUAAAGAGGUUAUUAAGGAAAUGGUUACAGAUUACUUUAAGUUCAGAGUACCACCUAGCAAACCAUCAGAGAAGCAAGAAAUGACAGUAACAUCAGAAAACCAGGUUUCUGGAAUAUUAACAGAAGCUCUUAAUAGUGAAGUUUCAGAAGAAGUGUAUAAAGAUCUUUUUUCAGCACAGGUGCUUAACGUAGUUGAAGAAUUAAUGAGAUCAGGCGGCAUACUGGAAGCUGUGUUCCAAAGUAAUAAUAAACAGAUAUCUCAACUCACAACUGACAUGAUUAUAGAUGGUCUGCAGUUGGAUCAUCUUCUUGAGAAAUUAGCCAAUCACAGACAUGUUUGGAAUGACUCAGAAGUUAAAGACAUGCUAAUGGAUAAUAUUUUAGGCAGUGAAUUUACGCAGCUCUUUCACUUAAUGUCAGCUGAAGGUCAAAGGUCAUGUAAUGUAUUGCCCUUGAAGAGGUUCCAUGAAAAUACAACUACAGAUUGUGCAGUGGAUUUCCUUCUGAAUGAACUUACUGCGACACUGGAUGAAGACUUGGACGACCUUCUGGAAUAUGAAAAUGCGCAAGAAAUCACAGCUAGAAAAUAUAUUGACCGAACUAGGUGACAGAAUGUGAUUCUUUUCUAUGGUUUAUAGUUACACUUACAUAUGUAACUAAGCCAGUCAUUAAUAAAUUCACCUUUGGCCACAUGUAAGUUUGAAGUAUAUAAUCUAAUUUCAUAAUUUUAUUUCUCCGCAAAAGUAACAGAUUGUUUGCAAUUGCUGUGGGUUAUACAAUCAAGGACGAAGCUGUCUUACUGGGGGGUGGGUGCUGUGAAAAAAUUGUGACAGCGGUGCCAGAGAAGGCUGUGGGGUCCAUAUCCUUAGCAGAAAAGCUAUGCAAUUUUGAGCUAUUAACCUUCCUGAGUCAUUGCCUAUCUGACGGACGCAUUUAAUUCCCAGACGCCUUACUGUUGUUAGGCAACAAUGUGAUUAGGUCCCUGUAGAAAAAUAGGUACUAACACUAUCCCAGUCGGUAAAGAAUAAGUAGUUUAGUGUAAAUAUAUUUUUAAUAAUCGCACAAUUUUAAAAAAUAAGAAGAAUAAAAGAAAAUUGUAUUCAAAUGUGCAUGCUAUUUCCGUCCAUCUAGGAUAAGUGCCGUAAUCAUAUAUUUUCUUACUUAACACAAGGGCUUGGAAUAGGUGGCAUCAGCAAUUCAUUUCUUAUUUUUCAUUUUAUAUCUACCCAAUAGCAACUUUUGAUUAGUGGACUGUUCAGCCCUUUCGAUAUUGUAGCUAAGAUUCCACAAAACGACAGCAUAAACUUACGUAAACGCAUGUGUUGGUGGGACAUGUGCGUAUUCAUGGCCCUGUUCUGAUUGGCCAGUUGUUUGUUUGUUAUCAUCACAAUCAUUUUCUUCUGUCAGCAUUGGAAAAGAUAAACUAAAAUGAAUAAAUAAUGUUAUUGUUUUUACCAGGCUCGCAUUCUUUUUAAUAAAUGUGAAUGAUAAAACAGUA